AGAAGAUUUAGUUUAACACAUCCGGUUUUGAGUCUUGAUUCCGAAAUAAUUAAAAUAAGAAAGUUAGUUAUUGAUUACAGGAUGAUGACUUUUAUUUCUCAUUACUCUUCUAACUUAAAAAUUGUUCACAAUGUAACAAUUGAGUCAUGAGCCAAGACAUUCUGUACAGAGAGAAACCACACACCGUUCUGUUGAGGAAAGGUUCCACUUCCAAAAUGGCAUUAAAAGAGAAAAUUGUGCAGAUCUAUGAAGCAUUCUUUCAGGGUGAAGAUCCUUCCAGAGGAAAUGCUAAUUUUUGGCAAGAACUAUUUUUGUUGAAGGUGAACACCAACUUUCUUGAGAAUGAAAUAGAAAAACUGAGUGGUGAAGGCCUAAUUAGUUUAAAGGAUAACCUGAACCUGCUGUUCUACAAGGCUGUGGAAGCUCUGAAAGAGGACAAUCCUAUCAGGACAGUGAAUGCCAUACACACCUUGUGUGCCCUUAUUCGAGGCAUUUUCCGAAAGAGUCUUGGAAAUUAUGGAUUUGAUGUAAUCAAUCUGCUGAUUGGCUUUGACACAGCGGAAGGUGUAAUGCAGUGUUUAAUAGAAAAUCUAAAUAGAUUUUUGACUGAAGAUCAUCCGACCUGUGUCAAACAACUAGUGCUCAAGUUUCUGCUGGUGCUAAUAACGGCCACUGAUAACAUCAGUCAGAACACAAUGCUGGAGUACAUUCUCAUCAACAGUGUUUUCGAAUCUAUUAUACAGAUAUUGGGCAACACAUUAUUGCGACCUACUCUGGGUCAUGAUGCAGUCUUGGUGCUGACACUGUUGGUACAGUACAGAAAGCACGAGUCUGCCAAUCCAUAUAUUGUUAAGUUGUCUAUACUGGAUGAUGAACUGGCACUAACGGGAUUUGCACAGAUUGUAUCUGUAUUGUUGUCAGAUUUUAACAGGACCUACCAUGUACAAAGCACUGACUCCCAGACUGGCUGGUUCUCUUCACUAGCAAACAUGGUAGGAAAUAUGUUUGUUGCUGAUGAAAGGAAAAUUGAGUUGGUGAGGGCCAACGAUUCUAUCUUACUUGCUUUGUACGAAGCCAUACAUCUGAACAGAAACUUCAUCACUGCUUUAACACAUGUUCAUUCUCACUCCACUUCGGCUCCAACAACUCCCCCGGUGUCUCCAGUGACCACCUCGUCUCCAGUGCUGGAUGCUCAAACUGUAGCGGAAGGGGCAGGUGGUGAGCCUGCAAGUGUCACCCAACCCACGAACCUACUCGUCACAUUCCUAGAGUACAGCUCCAUCGUGAUGCAGGACACUAAAGAUACAACACGCUACAACAAUGCGAAGCUGUGUAUGGUUAUACUGACAUGUAUUGCUGAGGAUCAGUAUGCCAAUACGUUAAUGCAUGAUGGAAACAUGACGUUCAGGAUUCCCAUUCACAAGAUGCCAAUGCGCCACAGAAAAACUAAAGGUGAAAAGAUGCUAGUUUCCAGACCAUUGAUUUGUUCCCUAUUAGAUUUACUGGUUGAAUUUAUUAUGAGCCACAUGAUGAAGACAUUCCCGAUGGAACUCUAUUUGCGAUGUCUGGGCAUUGUGCAUCGGGUGUUGUGUUAUCAGAAGAAAUGUCGAGUGAGAAUACAGUACUCAUGGAAAGAACUCUGGACAGUUUUGAUUAAUCUGCUGAAGUUUAUCAUGUCUCAUGAAACACAGCUAAUAAAGAAACACAACAUCUUCCAUUUGUCGUCUAAGGUUGUGAAUGUAUUCAAUCUGUUCAUCACCUACGGCGACACCUUUCUUCCAAACCCGAACAGUUACGAUGAGCUUUACUAUGAGGUUGUUCGUAUGCAUCAAGUUUUCGACAACUUGUACUCCAUGGCUUUACGAUACACAUCUAAUGAGAAUGAACACAAAGAGUCUGCAGCCAGGUUAAUCAACCAUUUAGUAAACAUCAGGGCUAUAAUCAAUCACUUCACUCCAAAGGUGGACGCCUGGUCAGCAGCCAAUCACCUGUCUUCUCUCACAGAGGAACAAGUGCUGGAGGUGGUACGAGGAAACUACGACACACUGACGCUGAAACUGCAAGAUAGUCUGGACCAGUACGAGCGGUACUCUGAGAAACCCACAGAAUCUUCUUACUUCACACAGCUGGUGAGGUCGAUCAUCUUUGAUGUAAGGAAGUCGGUCUCCAAUCUGUCAGUCCAACAUCAGGAUGCCCUGCAGGAGCUGGCCACCAUCUCCUAGCAGACGACACUUGGCACACAAAGAGUUAACCAUCUUUAGCAGACGACACUUGGCACACAAAGAGUUAACCAUCUUCUAGCAGACGACACUUGGCACACAAAGAGUUAACCAUCUUCUAGCAGAAGACACUUGGCACACAAAGAGUUAACCAUCUUCUAGCAGAUGACACUUGGCACACAAAGAGUUAACCAUCUCCUAGCAGACGACACUUGGCACACAAAGAGUUAACCAUCUAGCAGACGACACUUGGCCCACAAAGAGUUAACCAUCUUCUAGCAGACGACACUCGUCACACAAAGAGUUAACCAUCUUCUAGCAGACAACACUCAGCACACAAAGAGUUAACCAUCGCCUAGCAGACGACACUUGGCACACAAAGAGUUACCCAUCUCCUAGCAGACAACACUUGGCACACAAAGAGUUAACCAUCGCCUAGCAGACGACACUUGGCACACGACACUUGGCACACAAAGAGUUAACCAUCUUCUAGAAGACGACACUUGGAACACAAGAGUUAACCCUCUCCUAGUAGAUGACACUUGGCACACAAAGAGUUAACCCUCUCCUAGCAGACAACACUUAGCACACAAAGAGUUAGCCAUCUUUCUUUUACCAUCGUGCUGCUACAUUUCUCUGGUGGUGAAGUUAACACUAUUCUGUGCUUCUGUGAAUCCCAGAUUUCUCAAGUGGUGAAGUUAGCAUGAUUCUGUUUUCUGUGAAUCUCAGAUUUGGGUUGUGAGUAUAAUAGGGAUAGGGAACUUUAUUAACAUGCCAAUAACCUAAUUAGGUUCAGGCAAGGAAGUAUAAUAUUAUGAGAUGGAAUCCAAAUAUUUCGUUAUUUAACGAUACCGGCAGUAUCUUUUAAAACAAAGUCGGCAAAUUCAAAGCCUGUUGUCUUCACAGAGAAUGUUUUUUGAGAAUCUCUCCUUCAACUACUGAUAUUCUUCCAACCUUCCAAAAACCAGAUGAAAAGAUUGGGAUUUUUUUUAUUAGGCUGGGUGUGUGUGUCAUGGUAAGAGGAGGGGAGUCCAUCUUCUUUUUUUCUUUUGUAUAUGGAGAUUGUAAAUAAAUAAACUUCAAAAAUAUUAAAAUAAAUAACACUGUAAGAAAAUAUCAAAAAAUUACAUGUACUGUGUUGUACUUUGUGAUGUUUGUGUGGUCAAUAUACAUUGUAUAAUGUGUUAAUUACAGUAUAAUUCCUUUGUUAUUUUAUUACUUUGACAAACUCAGAUGGUGUGAUACCACUCUAAACCAGACACACACUGUACAAAGUAAAACAUCUGGCUUUAAGGGGGUAUCCAGUUUAAAGAGGUUAUUUUAUUGUCUAUUUUUUAAGAGUAUUUCACCAUUUCAACGUCACAGACUAUUAUUUCACUCUGUUGUAACUUUAUCUAGAUGUGUUACCGGUUUGUAGAUU